AGUGCAGAAAAUCAGAUGAGGACUGAGAGAGGACACAGAUAUCAAGAGUAGUGAGUCACUUAAAAGCACUCCAGCAGCUCUCUCUCGCUCUCUCUCAGUGGGAAGCAUUGAUUGAAUCAGACCCUCUCAGCCCGAGGACUGCCGAGUGAGCCUGAGGCUACGAGUCUCUGAUUGUCCACCUGAAUCACACUAAACCAUGACGACCACUGAGACACCAAAUGGACUUCACCACCGGAACGUCAAAUCCCAUCAGACUGAGGAGAUCUCCAGUCAUGUUGAGGGCCAUAAUAACUUAAACGAAGAAGAGCUAAGGCAGUGGGAGAAACAUGCACAGAAGGUGAAACUGGAAGUCCUGGAGCAGGUCCAGGAUCAGCUCAGUCACAUACUGGACAAAGCUCUGAAUGAGUCUGUUCAGCCUUUCACACAAAUCCAACCAAAAACAAAUGGAAAGACGACCAAAAAACCUGAUUCCAGAUCUCAGAGAAUGGAUGACGGCAAAGUGUUUAUGGACAGACCGUCACUGUUGGAUGAACUUUUUGAGAUCAGCCACAUCAGGACCAUCUACCACAUGUUCAUAGCCGUCCUGCUCAUAUUCUGCCUGAGCACUCUAGCAGUUGAUUACAUUGACGAGGGCAGGUUGGUCCUGGAGUUUGACAUGCUGUUCUUCGCCUUUGGGAAGCUGCAGACAGUCACCCUGGCCUGGUUUGUGAUGUUUGUCUACACCCUGUUUGUCCCCUACUGCUCCCUGGUGCUCUGGGGGUCUAUGUACCACAGAUUCCCCUCUAAGUUGGGUCUGUCCAUCAGCAUGGGCCUGGUCCUGUCUGCAGUGCAGUACUGCGUACUGGGACAUUUUCCCAUCCAUGUGGUUGUACACCACCAGCUGCCACCGGCUUCACGGUUCAUUGUGAUACUGGAGCAGAUUCGAUUCCUGAUGAAGAGCUACUCGUUCAUAAGAGAAACGGCCCCUGUUGUUAUGAAGAAUCCAACGAAGGAAGGAGAAAGUCCCAGAUUCCCAACAUUUUCCAGCUAUCUUUACUUCCUCUUCUGUCCAACCCUUAUCUACAGGGAAUCCUACCCUCGGAACAACCACAUUAGAUGGAAGUAUGUUGGCGUCACACUUGGAAUGAUCUUGGGAUGUCUGUUUUACGGCUACUUCAUCCUGGUCCGCCUGUGUAUUCCUGUCUUCAGACCUGCGACCAAUCAGCCUUUUAGUAAAAGGACGAUGGUUCUGGCUGUGUUCCACUCAAUAUUACCAGGUAUAAUGCUCCUGCUGUUGUGUUUCUUCGCCUUCUUGCACUGCUGGCUCAACCUCUUCGGGGAGCUGCUGCGUUUUGCUGACAGGAUGUUCUACAAGGACUGGUGGAACUCUACAUCUUUCGCCAACUAUUACCGUACCUGGAACGUGGUCGUUCAUGACUGGCUCUAUUAUUAUGGAUACAGGGAUUUCCUCUCGCUGUCGAAAAGGAAAUGCCGAACAGCUGCCAUGCUCUCCGUGUUCAUCGUCUCUGCUGUCGUCCACGAGUACGCCUUGACCAUGGGCUUCGGCUUCUUCUAUCCUGUCAUGUUCUGUCUCUUUGCUGUCUUUGGAGUGGUCUUCAACUUCACCAUGAAUGACAAGCGGCAGAGCCCUGUGUUCAACGUCAUCAUGUGGGCGUGUCUCUUCCUGGGUCAGGGUGUGCAGGUGUGUCUGUACUGCCAGGAGUGGUACGCACAGAUACACUGCCCUCGGACAGGGAAUAGUUUCCUGGAGUUGGUGACACCUCGAUCCUGGUCCUGCAGCUACCAGAGAUGAAGCUGCCUUUGUUCUGGCCCAGAGUUAUAAGUAAUGUCAGGAUGGAGGAUUUUAAAUCAUGAUGGACUGAUAAUGGACCAGAGAGCGACAAAGAACUACUUGUACAUAUAUAAGGUUUUCUGUUUUUAGUGUGUAAUGACUCUUUGGGUCACUUUUCUCCUUGUGUUGUUAUGAAGUUGUCCUUGUGUUGCUGAUUUAUAACUUCUGUAAUGUUUUAACUUUUUAUAUGUACCAGUAUUAUAUACUGUUUAUUUCAGGUGGUGUGAAAAUGUUCCUGAAAUGAUAUAUUGUUUACCAAGUAGUGAAAGAAUAUCAUACUGUAAAAAAAAAUAUUGCACAUGAAUCAGUAGAUAGCAUGUAUAUACUUUGUUAAGUGAUCAUUUAAAAUAAUGUGUUUGUUGAGUACUGAUUAAAACUGGUGAGAUAUGUAAUGGAGAUUAGAUUGGAUGUAAACCAAAUUCUUGACCUUUGCGCACAGCCAAUGCAAGCUUAUUCCCUCGUCAUGGAUACCAGUCGUCAUGCUAAGCGAGGGUAGCAGCCUCUCGGCUCAUGAAAUAAAAGAUAUGGGGAAAUUUAUAAACAUUUUCCAGGCUUUUUUGUAUUUUCUUUACCUCCCUGGAUGUAAAUCAUUAAAUGAGUAAAUGUAUUUAAAUUGUGAUAUAUGGUCUAAAGAACUUGUAUUAUAAAGUUAGACGUGUCUACAAAA